ACCCGCGAGAAUCCGGUCUCUGGAUGAUGCGACGCGUGAUGGCGUCGUUGUCAACUCGGUGGGACCUCGCAAGAUCGGCAGCAGCACCACCUCCACCCGCACCCGCACCUCCCUCACCAUCACCCCCGAUGCAAGCAAGUAGAGGAACAGGGAGAGAAUAUAAUCGCUGUCUUGACCUAAUGCUGUCGACUAGUCAGCCUCUCCUACGAGAUCAGGAUUCCUGAAACAUGGCUCGCUCCCUCCCGCCCCGGAGAUGGAGGGAGAGGCGACCGACUUCUCUGUAGACUGUGUGGCAGUCGGAACCGGAAUGGAUGAGAUUUACGGGAUCGAGGAUGCAGAGGGAGGGCGGGCGCGGUGGCCAUUCACUGUAUGGCUCGGCCCGCGACCGCUUUUCCGCAAGGGAUUGAAACAUUCCGUCGCUCGCACGUCCAAGAAACCAAGAAGGUCGAAUGGCACGAGGGCAGUGAGAGAGGGAGUCACAGCUCGCCCAGCCUGCGCAUCGCGCGAUGUGACGCGAGUCGGCGCCCUUUUGAGAUUUGAAGAUGGCAAGCAAGCAAGCUCCGGGGAGUGGAACAGCGGGAAAAGCGCGAACGCAGGCCGCGGGCGGACAUGACGAUCCUCGUAAUUCCUCGCGGCGCGACCUCCUUUUCAGAUAUUUCGGUUGUACCGAUCCGAUGUCGUGGACCCUCGUCCACGAUCGCCCGCAGGAUCUACACCUCGCUCGCCACUGUGCGGGCGGAGGAGGAGGAGGUCAGUGCGAGGAGGACGUGGAGGAGCCACUGCGAGAGCAGCAGGGGCGGCAGUUUCCCGUCGCAUUUGCUCGUGACCUGAACCCGAUCGACGUGCUUCGAGUCCGUCCCUGCGCUGGCUCGCCGCUGGCUGGCUUCAAUCGCAGCGCAGCGCUGCGCUGCGCUCCAUCGCGCAACAGUGUUGCGCGAUGGAGACGGCAACAUUCGAAAAGGACAUUUCGGGCACUUACUUUGAGAGCGAGCGACAGAAGAAUUUGUAUCCAUUCUCUGCUGAAUCCCCGUGCCCAUCAAUCGCUCGCCCCUGCGCUUGCGCGCGCGAGCACGUUCCGCCUGCCGCUUCUCUUUAACCGCCUCGCCUCGUCGCAAAGCGAGCCCCAGAGUCAACCCCGUCGUCGUCGUCGUCGUCGGGCGAUGGCUCAUUCAAUCCCCCGCAUGCAGAGGAGGGCUCUCUCUCCUUCGGCCAGCCCCCCGUCCCUCGGGGCCUCGGGGCCUCGGGGCCGUCCUGCGUGCCAGAGAGCACGAUCCGCGCGCUCGCUCGCAUGGCAGAGACUCGCGACGCAUGUCAAAACGAUCUGCGACGACACGGACGAGGAGAUCGGAUCGUGGUCGAGAGAAUGGAGCAUGGAGCAUGCUCGUGGUAAUCCUACCCUAGCCCGUCAGUGGACAGAGAUUUGUCGUCUGCACUAAAAGGGAAUCUCGAAUCCCGUGGUGAUAUGAUGGCAGAUGCGGGAAAAUGCGGUCCUGAACGGAGCCGAGGGCACCGUCGAUUGGAUUGUUGCGAUUGUUGGUCUCGGUUUCGGUUUCGGUCUGUUCGGCUCGAGGGCUCUCGGCCCAUCGAGCCCGGAGCAAUCGAGAGACAGCCAUUCUCCACUUGCUGAGCGAGCAGCAGCUUGCGAGUGUACGACGCUUCGUGACACGUGAAGCCUGGAUUGGUGGCCCCUCGUCGUCCUCGACUACAGCGAGAUACCCAGACGCCGGACAUUCUUCUUCACUUCAUGAUUGACUGUGGUGAUUCAGCAGUGCCCGGGGAUCGUAUCGUGUCCGGGGACGACGACCUCGAGCUCCAAACGCCCAGCACUCCGCCGCUCUCGAGACUUAGGGUUUAGAUUCUUCUCGUGACGCGAUGAACUCACACUUCUCUCUUGUUCAUUCAUUCCACGAGCAAUCGUCGGCCAUUUCAUCCUCCUCCUGUACUGCGCAGUAGGACAUCCUUGGCAUCCAUCAUGUACAGAUCCCAAAGUCUCAAGAAUCACGAAUUAAUGUUCUCACUGAACCGCGAAAGUGUCAGUCUCACGGGCGCUUGGGUUUGGGCCGAUUUGUUCCCGAGUGCGAGGAUGUCCGUCGAUGAUUCCAUCUCCCGGCAGGCCAUUACAGCGGAGCCGAUCGGUGAUGGAACUCGUCGAUGGAGUUCGAGGGACAUGCAGCGAGGGCCGAUCGAUGCGCACGAGCACUACUUUCAAAACGUCUGAGGACUCGGCUUCUACGACAUGCCAGACCGUCCGCAUAAAGGCUGUCGAAUAAAGCGUUGUGGACCGACUGACCUUUGUCUGCACGAGGAGGAGAUGCAAUGAACACGACCAUCCGUCAUCAGCAACGCAUCGCAAAGCAACCAUAGCGUUGCCUCAUCAGAAGCUUUCUUUCCUCAUAAUGUUGUUCACGUCACGGUCCACUCGGAGAGUGCACCAAAUAUUUUGUGUGCUGGAAUGAUAGAACGGAUCUCCCUUCAUCCCGCAAGCAAAUGAUGGACCCGAGACAAGUGCAUUGAUUGCAUAUUCCAUCUGUCUGCGUCGUCCACGGGGCUACUAAUCAACACAGAUUUAACACCUACGAGGUGAGGUGCCCAUGAAUCAGGGCACCUCCCCAGUUGUUUCUCAAGCUGAGGACAAAGCUCCCCAGAAGCCCCCUCUGCGGUACCACAUGUUCCAUGGGGGAACCGUGGCCACGGUGAUUGAACUUCUUCAGUGCACAAUUCAAUGCUUUUGUCCUCGGAGCAACAGUAGAACCGUCUGAUCACAAGGACCAACUGCCAGGUAGACGUAAACACCACGAGUCAAUCAGAUAUGCACUUGCUCAGAUAUAACCCUCAAAACAUCAGGUUUCAAUGCUAUACGUAAAGCCCACGACUUCUUCCUCGGCCUCCCUCGAUCAUCAUGAUGAUGGUAGCUAGCUAGGCAUGGGCCACGAACCCUCGUCAAGAGUUUCCGUUCCUCCAGACGCAGCUCUUGAACCAAAUACGUUUCGAUAAGAGUGAAAUUGGCCAUGGAUGAUUUUAAAAACAUUGCGUAUAUGUAAAGACGUCAUUCCAUUUUUUCUCUAAAAUGAGAACUAUGAUCAACUAUGAACCUAGUAUUCAGCAGAUUCAUUUUUAUACGACAUGAUAUCAGAUAAAUUAUUUCAUAAAGAAAACAUACUUUGUGCACAAAUAAAAUGUUUCCAUUAUUUGUAAAAAAACACCAACUAAUUUUAUGAGGGAG